AUGAAGAAGGUGCUGAAUGCGUUGGGGGGUGGGACAAAGGGGCUGGAGGAGGUGAGCGCGGCAGAAGUGGCCAGCGGCACCUACCUGUCGGUGGAGGAGGUGACGGCGCUCAUGGAGGCCUUCAAGGCCAAGGGCAACAGCAAGGGCCCCCAUCGCGCUGAAGCCGUGGUGGAGGAGGUCAACCGUACCUACCACCAGCCGCUGUUCAACCACGACGAGGCCCAGCUCACCUUCCACCUCCUCGACACCAACCACGACGGCAAAGUGGACCCGUUCGAGUUGAUCUACGGGGUGUCGGUGCUGUGCGAGGGAUCGGAGCAGGACAAGGCCGAGCUGGUGUUCAAGGCCAUCGACCUCGACAACAACGGACGCAUCUCCAAGGCCGAGCUCCUCGGCUACCUCGAGAUCACGUUCACGGUGGCGGAGAAGAUCGCGAAGGAGCACAUCAAGCGGGGCAAGCUGGCCCACAAGAAGGAGCUCCUCGAUCUCGCCGCGAACGCCAAGCAAUCCCUCCUCGACAAGAACAUCGACGACAUCUUCAAAGCCGACACCAACAAGGCAGCCUUCUCACCUUCCAUAGACCUGGAGGAGUGGAGGACGGCGAUCGCCAACAACGCCGCCAUCAAGAGCCUUAUCAACCCCUCGCGGAGCGUCUACGUCAUCCAGGAGACCGUCGACAGAGAAGCCCGGGAGUGA